CGCCUAGACUUGGACAAGAGGACUGUUAUCUAUCGGUUGAGCUUCGAGCGCUCUUGUGUGUGCGUGUGCGUGUGCUUGUUCGUGUGUGUGAGUCUGUGCGUGCUCUUUGAUUUGAACCCCAAGCAACUGCCCUUAAGCCUCGAAGCCCGAUUCCGAUUAUCGGCUUCUAGCGUAGCGGGCUUUCAGUUGCGUUAUUCAGAAAAUCAGGCGUUGCAGUGGUGCUCUCUGUCGAUCCUUCUGAUCGUUGUCACUGCAAUUGUCACGAGAUCGCUUUGUGUGGGUGUUUUAUCAGGCGGGAUUGGAGCAGAGUGAGGUGACUCUGUUGAGGCGAAUUGUAGAUUUUUUCGUGGAGAAUCGUGUUUUCAGUGUUGGCGAAGCCGGGCGAACACAUCUUUUCUUUGAUUUCUGGAGGGUAAAACAUGACCUCCGUGCAUAGUAACCAUGCAGGGCACACGGCAAUUAAUGAUAGAUCAGCGAUGUCCCGUCGUGUGUCGAACCCUUUCGACUCGGACGAUGACGAGUCUCCUCAGAUCGUCACAUCUAAAGUUCGGAGUGCAACCAAUUCGGCCACUUCCAGCUCUCGUUUUACCAAUCCUUUUGAUGAUGAUGUUCCUGCACAUUCUGUGAGCAAGUACGCGCCCCGUCGCUCUGUGGAUUCUCUGAAUCCAUUUGACGACGACGAGCCUGUAGCAGUUAAGCAUGUUACUAAUGGGCACAAGGCCAAGCCUUCGCAAUCUGGUUACAGCAGCGCGAGUGGCCGGGGCGCCUCCAAUCCUUUUGACGAUGCCGAUGAAGUUACUUCGAAACCUAAAUCGCGAGGUGACAGCAUUCUUGAUGAUGGAUCGCUCUUCGACGAUGAUGAGAGAGCAGCCAAACCAACCAAAGAACCUUCAUCGCGAGGUUUUACAGCGAAGCUUAAAGCAGGUGGGACGAAGUUUGUGGAAGGUAGCGCUAGAAUGAAAGACACCGCGGCCAGUACUUUGAGUAGUGUGAGGCUGCCGUCCUUACCGGCAUUUUCGUCGUCCUCGUCGAGUCAUUCAGACGAAAAGGCUGAAUCUAAGAGAGGCAAGGCGAAGCAACAGAUGAGAGAUUUGUAUGGCGAACCGCAGCCGAGCUACAUGGCACCUCAGCAAUACUCAAAUUAUGCUGACGAAAGUAGGUAUGCGGAUCAAACCGUCGAGCAGCUUGAACAGCAUGCGAUCUCCAAGUCUCAAGACACCACCAGUAGUAUAAAAAAUUGUGUCAGAAUUGCUGAAGAUACCGUGGGAGUGGCCACAAAGACCAUGGAGACUUUGCACGACCAAGGCGACCAGAUUCGGCGCACUCAUGAAACCGCUCUUCGUGUCGACGACGAACUCAGCCGGGGCGAGAAGCUCCUAGGAAGUCUCGGCGGUAUGUUCACCAAGACGUGGAAACCCAAGAAAGGUCGGCCUAUCACUGGACCCGAACCAAACACGGAGCAGUACAGGAGGAGAGGACAGAAUUCAGGGGAUAGGGAUAGGGCAAAUCUUGGCUUGACUGGAAACCACGAUCAAGGAAGGCGCACUUCGAAUAUGUCGGGCUUGUCCGGUGCUCAAGCACAAUUGGAGAUGGAACGAGAGAAGCAAGACGAUGCUUUGACGGAUUUAAGCAACGUUUUAGGUCAACUGAAAAACAUGACUUUAGAUAUGGGCAACGAAAUUCAAAGACAAAACGGUGACUUGGAUCGUAUGUCCGAUGAUGUAACUGAGUUGAAUGUGAGGGUGAGGGGUGCGAACGACCGCACACGACGACUCAUCCACCGAUAAAGUUCCUGAUAGGCCUCGCAUACGAGACUUUGUUGUGCUACCACUAUUUUUCUGUCCAACUCAAUUAGGUGAUCCAAUGAUUCUGAGGUUGAUUCUACCUUAGGCCAACAUUAUUUAGGUAAAGACUAAGUCCGUCUCUCUCUGACGGAUUUCAACAAGUUGAACUGUAUGCCACUGUAUAUAUUGGUGAAGAUCUAGAGCCACAGUUCAACUGAAAGCCGAAGUUUAGUGCUGUGUAGUGUGACAGUCACUUGUUAACGUGUACUCAUCCUUGCCACGUAAGUGGUGGGAGACCAAAGCAUGUCGUAAAAGCGAGAAAUGCCAUUAUUCUGUUAAUGUUCAUGCAAUCGAGAGUCGUCAAUGGUCUUGAUCGGAUGAUGUAGCCUUACUGAACGCGAACAGGUUCAAAGUCUUAUCAGAUAUACUCGUUUAACAAUACAUUGUACAGAUCAUCCACAUCUUCAUAUUUAGGAGUUUUCACUCGCCACCUAGUUGAUCCAAGAAGAUGAGGUCUCCUACUGUAAUAUCUUGGCCUGUAAUGUCUUGGCCUUGGAGUUUUGUACUUUCUAAUGAAAUUUUAAUGAUCAGAUUUUCUGAACAAGCUGCU